UUCCCACCGGACGGUUCUUGACACUUCCGGCUGUUUUGCUUCGGCCGGCAUAAUGGCGGCGCACGUCUUGCUCGUGUUGCUUCUCCCUGUCGUUUCGGUCUGGCUGGUUUCCUGCUGGUGGCUGCGCCGCUACUGCUUCUACAGACGGCGGACGUUUUUCGCCGACGGACUGCCCGCGACGCUCUUCGUGACGGCGCAUCCUGAUGACGAAGCCAUGUUCUUCGCGCCAGCCAUCCUCGGAUUGGCUCCCGCCCCGCGGUGGCUGCUCUGCCUCUCCUCAGGAAACUAUUACAACAAAGGGGAAAUCCGCAAGAAGGAGCUCCUAGAUAGCUGCGCAGUGCUGGGAAUCCCACCUUCCAAAGUGACCCUCAUCGAUCACAGAGAUCUCCCCGACAAUCCUUCCGUCGAAUGGGACAUCGCUCUGGUCUCUGCCCUGAUCCUGGAGCAAAUCGAAGCACACCGCAUUGCCCUGGUGGUGACCUUCGACGCGGGAGGUGUCAGUGCUCACAUCAACCACAGAUCCCUCUAUGCUGCGGUCAGGUACCUAAUAUCAGAGGAGAAACUUCCAGGAGGCUGCCGGGUCCUCGUCCUGGAGACGGUCCCCCUUUUCCGGAAGUACGUCUCCCUCUUGGAUCUCCCUUCGGCCUGGAUCCAGACUCCGGAUGUGCUCUUUGUGCUGACGCAGGAGGAGGCCAACCUGGCCAAGAGCGCCAUGCGAUGCCAUCGCAGCCAACUCCUGUGGUUCCGCCGCCUCUACGUCCCCUUCUCCCGCUACAUGGUGAUCAAUUCGCUCAACUACCUCCAACUGGGGGGCGAAAGGGGUCCCUUGCCAGCAGAGAAGCCUGGCCAACUUCGAUGCGUCGACAAACAGAUCCUCCGCCAUCGUCCCAUGGAAACAUUUCCCUCUCUUGGCUGAAAACCACAUUCCCGCCAGUUCACAUUUCUGCCAAGGUGCAAAAGCAAACCACAGGAAGUUCGCAUCAUUUCCUGCACAGAUGGACAAGAGAAAGCCUUACUCUUUCUAUGUAUCUGUCUAGCAUUCUGAUAUCUCUCUAUCUACCAUUCCUCUCUCUCUCUUCUGUCAUCUAUCUAUCUAUCUAUCUAUCUAUCUAUCUAUCUAUCUAUCUAUCUAUCUAUCAUUCCAUCAUUCCUCUUUCUACCUAUCUACAUUCUUCUAUCACCUAUAUCAUUCCUCUCCCUCUCCCUCUAACACAGUGGUUCUCAAUCUGGGGUCCCCAGAUGUUUUUGGCCUACAAC